AUGAUAGGGUCGAGCGAGCCGUCGAGCGUUGUGACGGCUCGCACGAAGGGCCGAGCUCCCGUGGCUCCCCCGCUGUUCCAGUUCGUGACCAGCAACAGCACCCAGGCCACCCUGUACCUCACCCAGUGGGACUCAGGGGGCUGUCCCAUCUCCCACUUCGUUGUCCAGCUCCGAGACUCCAGCAACCACUGGACCACAGGAUCACCGACGGUAUGGGGCGGCUCCAGCGGUCAAAGCAGAGACGAUCGCAACUCGCCGCUGUGGCGUGACCUGCGCAUUCUCAUCCCUAUGGCGCUGUCCAUUCUCGCCCUAAUGGCCACACUCGUCAGGAUCUGCAUCUGCGUCAGGAGAAGCAAAACCUUGACAAAACACAACUCCGCUGAAGACGAAGUGCCUGAGGGCGGAGCAUCGAAGGUUGCUCAGGACGGCCACGACUCUUCCAUGCUCAGGGAGAAACAGGAACUCGAAAACCCAGUCAAGACACGCUCGCAUUUCCAAAGAUUUCCUCAGCCUUUGCCGAAUGCGGACGACGGUCGGAAUGAUUACCCAGGGGAGUCGGACGUGUACCACUACGCGGACAGCACCUACCAUCUAGGGGCGGUAUCACCAAUACCCCAAGCCCCGCUGUCCCGACCUCCGUACGAGGCGAGGGACGGGGCCUAUACAGAGGACACGAGCCAGAGGAGCUACGCUACUCUUGUGUACCAAAUACCAUCGCUCAAUAAUGUCGACAGCCCUAAUGCUGUGGAGGGCUCCUCGUCGGACGAAAAUUAUACCAGCGCCAUCCCUUCGAAAAUGUCUCGAGAUUACCGCGGGCAGGCGAGGCCGGAGAGUUCCGUUGUUGGACUCCGGGGCGUUGACAAGCGCCAGGCGGACGGCGAGCGCAACCGGCAAUGGGACAACCGCCAGAGACGUCCGCCUCGACACAUUUCUUUCCCAACCCAAUGUUAUGAGUAA